UCAAUGGAAAAUAGCACAGAAGCUACAGAGUUCAUCCUCUUGGGGUUAACAGAAGACCCUAAUCUGCAGGUCCCCCUCCUCCUGGUAUUUUUGUUCAUCUACCUCAUCACUCUGGUUGGGAAUGGGGGGAUGAUGGUGAUCAUCCACUCUGACCCCCACCUCCACACCCCGAUGUAUUUCUUCCUCGGUAACCUUUCCUUCGUAGACCUGGGUUACUCAUCAGCUGUAGCCCCUAAAACAGUGACUGCUCUGCAGUCAGGGAACAAAGUCAUCUCCUACAAUGGCUGUGCUGCUCAGUUCUUCUUCUUUGUGGGUUUUGCCACUGUCGAGUGUUACCUCCUGGCCUGCAUGGCCUAUGACCGCCAUGCAGCCGUAUGCCGGCCUCUUCAUUACGCCACCACCAUGACAGCAGGUGUGUGUGCCCUCCUGACUGCGGGCUCCUACAUCUGUGGCUUCCUCAAUGCUUCCAUUCACACAGCAAACACCUUUAGACUCUCGUUCUGUGCUUCUCACGAGAUUAAUCAUUUUUUCUGCGACAUUCCUCCACUCUUGGCUCUCUCGUGUUCCAACACACGCAUCAGCAACUUGGCUGUCUUCUGUGUGGUGGGCUUCAAUGUCUUUUUCACCCUCCUGGUCAUCCUCAUCUCUUAUCUCUUCAUCUACAUUGCCAUUCAAAGGAUGCGUUCUGCUGAAGGACGGAAGAAAGCCUUCUCCACCUGUGCCUCCCACCUCACUGCCGUAACCAUCUUCUAUGGAACUAUCAUCUUCAUGUACCUACAGCCCAGCUCCAGCCAGUCCAUGGACACUGACAAAAUUGCUUCUGUGUUUUACUCGGUGGUCAUCCCCAUGCUGAACCCGUUGAUCUACAGCCUUAGGAACAAAGAAGUGAAAAAUGCUCUCUGGAAAGUACUCAACAAACUUAAUCCCUAGUUGGUGAGUAUGAGUAGGAAGUAGGCAGGUGAUGGAGGAAUAAACCUUCCCCCAGACCUCAAUGCCAUCACGACUUCUGAGGUGUGGUUAUGUCUGCUACUUGGAGAAAUCAUGAAAGCAGCACUUGGAAAUGUCUCACUUAGGAAGAUAAUCUUAUGUUUAGUGAAUAAUGACAUUGGAUAUUUAAAAACCUUCUUGCAGUAGUUUCUUGAUAUGAAUCGAAGCAAAAAAAUCAAAGCAUAAACUGAAUCUACUGAAUUUCCCCUCCCUAUUUUUAAUUGGAAGAAAUUUUCACUCUCUAUUAAAAUUUGUGUUCAGGAUCACAUCUUCAUCAUAUAACACUUAGUUGAAAUGCACAGCAUUAUGCUUUCCAUCUUUGGUCCAUGUGUUUGAAAGUUAAAGUUUCUAAUGCAGAUAAAAGAUGUUUUAAUAUUUUCAAUAAUGACUCUAGAAGGUUUUAACUUGAAGGACAGGGCACUGCUCCCAGAGUCAGAUGCCUCUUCAAUCCUUCAAAGCCCCCAGCCCACAUUCCUCCUCACCUGUUGGUUGAACACCUUUGUAUAUUUCAGCUCUUUCUAUUAAUGUUUUGGGACAACUUUGGUAGAAAACAAUAAGCCACCUUUGUAUGCAACAGUUUCAGUAGAUAAAUUGUUUAAACUUUAACCCAAAUCAACAACAUAUCUUUCUUUAGAGAGCUUGCACUCUGUUCCCUGCUUUUGGCCUUUGUCUAACAUAAUUACCAAAGCUUGUGGAAGGUUUGGAGGAAAAAGCAUUUUUUUUCCCCAUGGGCUAUGAAAGAGGAGAUUUGCCUUCUGAAUUAAAUGCUUGCAUUUCUCAGCACCCUUAAGUUUGGUGAAUCUAUUAUGAGUACACAUAAUAGCUUUC